CGUAAUACGUAUCUACGUUUUGUGUGCGCUGGUGUUUUUGCUAAAGCUUGAGAAGCCGCCCGAGGCUCGUGUGGAGCGGUGUUUGCCGGAGCAGGCAGCCAUGGAGGGCAGCGCCAGCGUGAGGAGAGCUUUGUCCGGGACUCUCGUCCCCGCGGCGGUCACGGCGGUGGCGCUCCGCCCGCCCCCGGAGACGGACCCGGGGAGGCUGGACAGGAAAGUCCUCGAUGAAGAAGAGUACAUCGAGAGCUUGGAGAAUAUAAUCCAGAGAGACUUUUUCCCUGAUGUGACAAAACUGAAAGCACAAAAGGACUAUCUUGAAGCCGAGGAAACUGGAGAUCUCGAAAGAAUGAGAGAGAUCUCCAUCCGAUUCGGAUCAUCUUUGAGCAAAUCUACGCCACAGUCUGCUGCACCAUACGUGACUCCAGCUAGCUUUGAGACACCAGUGGAACGCGCAAGAUCUCCAUCUUCCACUUAUGGCGGUAAACGUUCAGAUGGAGAGAGAAAGGAUGACGACAAGGAAGAAGACAAACUUCCCUGUCUGGACCGUUUCCUUGCUAAAAAUACCAGUGAGGAUAAUGCGUCCUUCGAGCAGAUAAUGGAUCUGGCAAAAGACAAGGAGAAACUAAAGCAUGCCUGGUUAUAUGAGGCAGAGGCUGAAUUCAAACAGCGCCAUGAGGAAAAUCUCGCGUUACCAUCAGCUGAGAAAGCUGCUCUUGAAUGUGUCAAAGCUGGACUGGAGACAUGGGAGUACAAAGCAAAAAAUGCCUUGAUGUAUUAUCCAGAGGGUGUUAAAGAUGAUGACGCUAUGUUUAAGAAACCAAGAGAGGUAGUUCACAAGAACACCCGCUUCGUAGGAGACCCAUUCAGCAAAGCUCUCAACAAAAGCCAGAUUCAACAGGCUGCAGCCCUCAACGCUCAGUUUAAACAGGGUAAAGUGGGCCCUGAUGGGAAAGAGCUUAUCCCGCAUGAAUCCCCAACCGUGAAUGGAUUUGGUUUUGAAAGAACUCCUUCCCCUGCACCCGGUGUAGCUGAGUCUCCUUUGAUGACCUGGGGUGAGAUUGAGAGCACUCCAUUUCGUUUGGAUGGAUCCGACACUCCAUACGUUGAGAGGAACCAUGGUCCAUCAUUUAAGAUUCCAGAACCAGGAAGACGAGAGAGGCUGGGUUUGAAGAUGGCCAACGAAGCUGCGGCUAAAAACCGUGCAAAGAAACAGGAGGCAUUACGAAAAGUCACAGAGAACCUUGCAAGUCUCACUCCUAAAGGUCUUAGCCCAGCCCUCACACCCGCCCUGCAGCGGCUUGUAAAUCGGACAUCUAGCAAAUACACGGACAAAGCACUGCGAGCAAGCUACACCCCUUCACCUUCACACGGAAUAACCAGCUGCAAGUCUCCCUUCGGAGGCCCGGCGACUCCUUCAGGGACACCGACACCCACCAAAGCCAAGACGCCAAGCACCCAGGACCUUACGUCACUCACAGACAAUCUGCUCCAACUUCCCAAGAGACGGAAAGCCUCAGACUUUUUCUAAGAGAAGCUGCUUUCUACUGGUUGUAGAGAAAAGACUUAAAAUGUUGUGUACAUUUCAAGAGCCAGGUUUUUGACAUUCAAAAAAAGCACAUCUUUUUUUUCUGCUGCUGGACAGGAAAACAAAACCAUGGAGGGAAUCUUUUUUUGAUGAUAUUUUUAUGACAUUUUUAUGUUGUUUCCCGGUACCCUCUUUGAGCCCUGCAACACCACUCUCUACUUCCCUUUCCUAAAAAUAUUUAAAUUUUACUAGAUAUGAUUGACUAAAAAUUUGUGGAAAAACAGUAUAAUACAGCCAAUCACUGGAUGGCCUCUUUACAAGAAUUACUUCUACACACAGUCUGUUUUGUGUGAUAUUCGA